UGAAUACGCCUGUUUGGAGUAAGUCUGUAGGAGACGAAGAAAAAAAAGGACUUUCGGUGACUUGUCGACCUAGUUCUCAUAAAGUUUAGACAUAUCUGACCGCUAUUUAUUCAGCUACUUUAAAACAUCCCUUCAAUGUUAAAACACUUAACUUUUGUAAAACGCACAGUUUUGCGUGUUUUCGUCUAUUUUACAGUAGCCUUAAGCCUCCGUUAUUUUGCGCAGUAGCAUCACCGAAUCCACCGCAGAACCACGUCACUCUGUCAAACUUAGGUUUUCUCCUCGAAGUUGGAUCAUUCGUCCAUCGUUUUCGUUAGGGUAAAAGUUAGAAAGGCGAGGAGAUGACAGGAUUUCGAUUGAACAUGGCACCUCUCAAAGAGCCUCUGGGUUUUAUCAAACUUGUGGAAUGGCUGACGGCCAUAUUUGCUUUUGGGAGCUGCGGAGGAUAUUCAGGGAAGAACAUUGUGUCGAUCUUCUGCGGCGAGGGGAGGAACGAGACACUCAAUGCCACUUUCAGUUACCCCUUCAGGUUAAGCCAUGUGCCUCUGGUUGAGAGCAACACCACGUUGUGCAAUCGCACUGUCGCCUCAACUCACCUGGUGGGGGACUCGGCGUCCUCGGCCGAGUUCUUUGUGGGCGUGGCCAUCGUCUGUUUCCUGUAUGCCAUGGUGGCUCUGCUGGUCUACCUGGGAUACAUGCACGUCUACAAGAACUCUGACUUCGGACCCAUGUUUGACUUUGGUCUGACGGCAGCCAUAGCCUUCCUGUGGCUGGUGUGUUCCUCCGCAUGGGCCAAGGGCCUGCAGAACGUCAAGGAUGCCACCAGCACCCCUGGCAUCAUCUCCACCCUGGCGCUGUGCAAGACUGAGGACGUCACCUGUGAGGUCUCCCAAUUUGCCAACAUGCGCACCCUUAACGUCUCUGUGGUGUUUGGGUACCUGAACUUGCUGGUGUGGGCAGGUAACGCCUGGUUUGUUUACAAGGAGACCCGCUGGCAUUCUCAGAAGUGCUCCGCCCAGCCAGGCUCUGGAAGGGCACAAGCCCCGGCCCCUAUUUAAGGCCACCCCACCCGUCGCCACCUACCUAGGGGCCAUGGUCUUCUGGAAAUGGCAAUGCUAAGACAAGAGAGUCAAUAUUUUCCGAAGUAAGAAAUUGCUUGAGCUCCUUCUUAUGGUCAGGAUCCAAAAUGAAUGUUUGUUUGUUGAGGUUUGGGGUUAGCCAGGGUAUAAAGGAGGAAAGAAAACAACUGUCAUGCUAUAUCUAGUAAGGCCAGAUAGUGAUGAUUUAUAGAAGACCCGGGCAUCAUAGAUUGAGAGGGGUGUGAUGUCAUCCGUCCUCUACCCUCAUUUUCAACUCACACUUAAACCCUCCCCCUCCUCUCAUACUCACUGUGGUAAAUAAUCUGUCCAGACAUGAAGAUUAUAUAGGUUUAUUGGUCGUUGUGCCUUAUCAGACUAUAUCAGUGUAUCUGCCUUUUUAAUACUUAUGCCUUAAGAAGGAUCCCCCAUCUGCUUUAGUUUCUGUUCCAAAGCAUUCCAAAUCCAUUUUUUAGGUGUUAAGGUUUAGGUGCAAUAAACAUGCCAUUCGUGUUAUAUAUCUAACCCAGCCAUGAACCCUACUAUUUUGAGGUACAGACUAUGUUUUGGGGGGUUUGUUUGUUUUUUAUAGUGCACUGCACUUAUAUGUGGUGCAUUCAAAGUAUUCUUCUGCAUUCCCAAUGUACAUUCACAAGGCUUUGUGUUGUUCACUUUCCAGGUAUUAGGACUAUGUAUUUGUUUCCCUUCAUUUCAGAUCAUGCAGGAAAUUGAGAUAUUGUCAUCUUCCCAUAUUGUUGUACUUGUUAUGCUCAAUGAAUCCUUUUUUUAUUAUUUCAUAUUUGGUGACUAUAUUUGUAUGUAGUAUUUGUAUGUAGUAUUUUACUACUAUCUUGUAAUCUAUUUGUUGAUCCACCACCAAAAACAAGUGCACUGUGCGUUUUGCACAACUAAUAAUGAUGAGUUGUUUUAGCAUUGUUGAUGUUUAACUUGGUGUGCUUGGGCACUCAAGGCCAAAGUUUAUGUUUGUUUUUUGUGUAUGUGUGUGUGUGUGGUAUGCUGGUUAUAUCUUUGCACUCUAUAAUCUUGUAAUCAACUAUGGCUUUUGAAUAUCUCAGCUUUGAACCUGCUAUUCAGGAAAAAGGCAGCCCAACCAUUGUCCUAAAAUCAUCCAAAUUAUGAAUGUCCUCUUUCUGUCAUUCAAUUAUUAUUAUUAUUGAUAUAUUUUGGGUGACUUUCCACUGUUUUGCAAACGUAGCGAGUAGGUGGUGGAUAUUUCUGACCCAAAUAAAUAUUCCUGGAGGCAUAGAGCUGCUUUUGUUCUCCAGUGCAUCCUG